AUGAGCCGUCUGUGGGAGCUGCUGCUGAUGCCCAUCGCCACGCUGUUCUUCCUGGAUCCAGAGGGGGGCGCUCAAACCACACUGCACUGUGUCCUUCAGGAGGGUCUGGAGCCGCUGAGUGGGAGGUACUUCUCAAACUGCGCUGUGGCCCGAGUGUCGAGCAAAGGCAGAGACGAUGCUUUGGCCAAAAAACUGUGGGAAGUGAGCGAGAGAUUAGCCGGAAUAUGA